CGCUUGGCUUAAGACCUUACAUCUGUUAUGAUAUAUUUUGAACGGCCAUGUCAGAACUGAUCCAGUAAAACCAAGUCAAGGAGAAGAACAUUAUUUGUUUUUUUGGAUUUAAUAUUCAACAACGGGAAAAAAAUGUCAAGAAAAUCAAGCGAGACGCGACCGCGAAAAAAUACAUUGAAAUGCGCCGACGAAAGCGAAGAAGGUAUUGAUAGUUUUCCAAUAAAAACGGAUCGUUCUACUCUUUUGGGAAAAUAUAACAGUCAAAUGUUAAAAUGUAUAGAAGACUUGUGCACCAAAAGAGAUGAGCUACAGAAGCAGAUAUUGUCUGAGGAAGAGGAGAAAACAAAGAUACAAAAUGAUAUCAGAAUACUGACUGAGAGAUUAGCCAAGAUUAAUGAGAGUUUGGCUCGUAAAAUUGCUUCUCGUAAUGAAUAUGAUAAAACAAUAGCAGAAACAGAGGCUGCUUACAUGAAGAUUCUAGAAAGCUCCCAAACCUUAUUACAUGUACUGAAAAAUGAAACAGCCAAGGAUAAAUCAGCUCUAGGCCGAAGUCAAACCACACUAAGAGAGAAGUCAAGAGAGCAGACCUCAUGAAUGACAAAACUUAUCACAGUAUUACAUGUACUGCUAAUCUUUAAUUAAUAAUCAAGGCAUAUAGAUUUUUUCUUUGUAAAAUAUAUCCUCUAGACGACAUGCAGACUUCAACUUUGAUAAAAAUACUCUAUAGUGUAAAUAAAGUGUGCAAUUUGUAAUUCAAA